GAGAAAAGUUAUGAAAACAAAAGCUCUACGGAAGAUGUUUUGAAGGGUUUAUCUUGGAAAUGCCACGACAGAGAGCCACGGAGUUCAUCACAGUCAUUGGAGGCUGAUGAACAAGAGGAGGGAGGUACAUGGGAGUGUCUCCCACACAUGGAGCAGCAGACACACACCGAGAGGGGGGGAAAGAGAUAUAAAGGGGCUCUCAAGGAAAACGAGUGUUCAGGCAAGCGUCCGAGUCUUCCCCACCCUGCUUCUGAGAGUGUUUGUGAAGAAACUCACGCCGCUAUCAGAUGAAACACUUUUUCUUGUCAGUGGAUCAAAGGAAGUGUGACAGGCCGGAUUCGAAUAGCUGAGUUGAAGAAUCUGAACCAAGAAACCUGCUUGAUUUUCAGAUUUUCCACUUGAGGUGUUUACUUAUCUCCCACUGAGAACUUUUUCCCUCCAAGAGGAAAAUCCACUUGAAGAAAACUUUUGUAGUUCCCUCCCUGCUGAAGCGCAACAGUCACUGAGUUUUCAUUGUUAUUUAUAUUGUUUCCUUUACCUCUCUAGACAAGGAGUUGAGACACAAUGGAAGCAUCUUAUGUUUUUUAUGUGGACAACAAUCAGUCGUACCUGGAGGAGCAUUUAUACUUGGAGGACAACAUCGACGGCUUUGGCAUCAUCAUGGCUUUCCUCUACCUCGUGGUCUGCAUUGUGGGACUGGCUGGGAACUGCCUCGUCGUCAUUGCCAUUUUGAAACUGGACAAAAUGUCAUCCUCCACCACGGUGUACAUAUUCAACCUGGCUUUGGCCGACGGACUGUUCAUGGUCGGCCUGCCGUUUAUCGCAAGCCAAAACUUUAAGAACCAGUGGGUGUUUGGGAACACGGCGUGCAAAGUUGUCAUGGUCCUGGACGGCAUCAACCAGUUCACCAGCGUCUUCUGCCUCACGGCGAUGAGCAUCGACCGCUACAUGGCCCUUGCUGAGCCACUUCGGUUUGCCUGCUGGAGAACUCCGCGCUGCGCCAAGGUCGUCUCAGCGUCCCUGUGGUUCUUCUCUCUCCUCACCAUUCUCCCGAUGGCCUUCCAUUUCACCGCCGAUCAUGGCUUUUGCAGUCCGGACUUCGCUACGGACGCCUUGUGGCUUGGAGUCCUCUCUUACACCUUCAUCAUCGGUUUUGCCAUACCCUUUGUGGUGAUGAUGGUCUCCUACGCGGCUAUGCUGAUCUCUCUGCGGUGCCGGCAGAAGCUCUCCUCUGCACCAAACCACGAGGGACGCAGGCUUGAGCAACAGCUAACCAAAAUGGUCGUGGCGGUGGUGGUAGUGUUUGGCAUGUGUUGGCUCCCAUUUUACAUCUUCAACUUCCUUUCAUUGCAUUAUAACAGCUUCUUCCCGUCCUUCGUCAGGGCUUUUGAAUUUGCAGUCUUACUGUCGUAUUCAUGGAGCUGUGCCAACCCCAUCCUCUACGCCUGUCUGUCUGACACCUUCAGGAGGCACUUCCGUACCUUGCUCUGCCCUGGAAUAAAAUCCUGCCCUGGAGUGCAGUGCAGCGUUGAACAGUACGACCAAAAUGACACCAGCGUACGGGAUGUCACUCUUCUGGCCUAAGAACCAAGUGCUGAUGCUUCAUUUCUCAAGCACUGAACAAUACUUUUGAACUUCUGUACAUAAAUCCAGCAAUAUGAUUGCUCUUGUUACGAGUUGAGAGUCUUGACGAACUGAGAUUUUGUUUACAUCCUGUUUAAAGCAUGAAAGGCACAUAAUUAUUGUUUUAGAGUGAGUCUGUAUAUAUUUUAUGAGCUUGUCGUUGCUGGAUUUUAUUGUCUGCCUGGGGUUUUGCAUUGGACUGUAUUUUCACAAGCAAUGAAUUCUGUUCAUCUACAUUUGAAGAGAAAGUGUUUGGUCAAGAAUCUGUUAAUCUCUCCUCUGUACUGUUUAUGAAUGUUGCUGUACAGCUGAAGAUUAUUCAUGUGUGGUUAAAAUGAGAAAAUCUCUUCCAAAGAUUUUUUUCCCCACAUAAAAAUGUAAAAAAAAAAAAAAAAAGGUUUUACCAAAUAAUCCAAUUGAAUUAUGCUUUGAUCAUUUUCCUCAGCAGUCUUUGUGUAUGAAUACCAUGUCUUUGUAAAGUAAAAAUGUACCACUUC